AUGAGGGCGGCUGUAACAGGGGCUGCUCCUUUCCUAUGCGGCCCCCUCCUAGUGCUCGGGCUAGGUGCGCUCCUGGCCCCCGCCAACUGCCUCGACAUGUCCCUCCAACGUCCCCCAGUGUCGGCUGAGCUAGUGAUCCCCAAGGAAAUAAGCCCUCCGCUGUGGACCUCAAAGAUGUCCGGGCAGGUCUCUUACAGCCUGCACAUCACAGGCAAGAAGCACAUCGUGCACUUGUUGCCCAAGAAAAUGCUGCUACCACGGCAUCUUCCCGUGUUCACCCACGCAGCCAAGGGUGUCCUGCAGGAGGAUCCCUUCUUCCGGAAUGACUGCUACUACUACGGCUACAUGGAAGGGAUCCCCAAGUCCUCGGCUGCCCUCAGUACCUGCUUGGGUGGGCUCUGGGGGAUGCUUCAGGUAAACGAGAAAUACUAUCAAAUCCAGCCUGAUCCGGCUUCCUCCACCUUUGAGCACCAUCUCUAUCCAAUGACAAAUACGGGCGCUUCUAACCUGACCCGUGCUUUAGCCAGAGAGGAGAUAGAAGAGGACUUUUUCCAGGCUCAGGAGACCGCACCGUCCAGGCGCACAGCCACUUAUGAUGUCCAUUUGCACAGGCAGUAUGUGGAGAUGGGAGUUGUGGUGGGCAAGGUGGGGCACAAACCCCAGGACAGCAAUGUAACAGUGAUGCUGCAGGAUAUGCUGUUCACACUCAACCUGGUGGACACGCUUUUUAUGCAGAUCCAGGCGCAUGCCUCUCUGUCCUCGCUGGAAUUCUGGACCAGUCCUAGCCCCAUGGAUAUCAUCAAGAAGCUGCAAAGUGUUCUUCAUUAUUCUGCCAAACAGGAAAAUAGGAGUCCUGGGGAGCAGCAGCUUUGCGAUCUAGUGCAGCUCUUCCAGCAGCAUAGUUUCUACCCCAUCUUUGGAAUAGACGCCAGGACCGCAAAAUGCAACCCUUAUCCAGGUUUGGCUAUUAAGGCUAACUUUGGAGUCCACCUGCUCAUUUUCUCUGUCCUUGUUUCUUGUGAAAUGAGGGAUGACUUAGGCAAGCCUGGUGAUGAGGGAAACUUGCAGAGUCAAAGGAAACCCUGCCUCAUAGGCAACAGGGCCCCAACUUCUGGUUCCUUCAAAAGCAGCUGCACUUUUGAUGGUCAUAUGGCUUCAGUAGGCAGUGAGGCCAGCUGUCUCAGUGGCACCUCUGAGGAGAGGAUGGAAAAGCAGAAAUGUGGAAACAAAGUCAUGGAGGAAGGAGAAGAAUGUGACUGUGGCUCUGACACAGAAUGCAUAAAAAAUCCCUGUUGCCAACAAGGCUGUACUCUUUCCAAAGGUGCCGAAUGUAGCUCUGGACUUUGCUGUAAAGAUUGUAAGAUUCUUCCAGCUGGAAGGGUCUGUCGAAUUCAGGCUAAUGAGUGUGACCUCCCAGAGUUCUGCAAUGGGACUUCAGGGUUUUGCCCAGACGACAUAUACAAACAAGAUGGUACACCUUGUAGUGGGAAAGGAUAUUGUUACAAGAAGCAGUGCGGGAGUCACCUUCGUCAGUGUCAGGCUCUCUUUGGGCCACAAGCUGAGAGUGCUCCCCCACAAUGUUAUAAGGAAGUGAAUAGUCGAGGUGACCGCUUUGGUAACUGUGGACCUGGGCAAAUUUCCUAUUUCAAAGGCUGUAAAACCCAGAAUAUCUUGUGUGGAAGGCUGCAAUGUGUCAAUAUUGACAUCAUUCCUCAGGUACCUCACUAUUACACCCUGAUUCAGACUUAUUUAAAAGAACCACUUGAAAAGGAAGGUGUCUUGUGCUGGGGAACAGCUUUUAACAAGACUGCAGAGAAUAAAGGUUUGACUGAUCUUGGAGCUGUGGAAGAUGGCAGUUCCUGUGGGGAAAACAUGAUGUGUGUUAACAAGACCUGCCUCAACAUCUCCAGCCGUCAGGAAUGUGUCCCAGAACAGUGCAACUAUAGAGGUGUGUGCAACAGCAGAGGGAACUGCCACUGUGAUUUUGGUUGGGCUCCUCCUUUCUGUCAGGAUCCUGGCUAUGGAGGAAGCAUUGAUAGUGGACCAAUGGGGGAUCUUGGGAUUGAGACCAACACAAGUUUUCUAUCCUGGAGGACCUAUUUAAUUCGUGGUAGCAUUUGCUCAAGCUUUGUAAUGCUUAAGUGGGCUGUCAUAAUGCUAUAUAAAAAGAGAAAGUGGAAAAAACCUUAG